AUACUGGAACAAUGAUAAGAAUAAGAGAAUAAAGAGUGGUACAUAUAGGAACUAUAAUAUUCGAAAGAGAACCACAUUCACGAAUACAUGCUCUCGUUCAAAUGCAAAUAUCUCUAAACUUCAAUCCAUUGAGGCUAACGUUGAGAAAAGUAUGUCUGAAUUGAAGGGAGAUGACCAUCUUAUAAAGAAUCUUCGACGAGUAGCAAGAAAUGUGAAUAAGAUUGUUGCUGAAGGACAAAUAUCCAGAGCACCUUCUAGUUAUCCUUCUUUGGUUUGUAGGGACCUCAGCAAUGGUCUAGAAGCUAUACCCAUUCCAGUUACUAAUGAGAUUGAUGAUUCUCCUAUCACACCUAACGGCUUUACAUAUAUCACAUCUAGCCAAGUUGCAAACAACGUGAAAGUUCCAUCUAGUGAUGACUAUGGUUGUCAAUGCAAAGGAAAUAGUUGUAGAACUAACAAGAAUUGUUGUUUUAGACUUAAUAACAUGUAUCCAUAUGUUCGUCGUCGGAAAUGUAGCAGAUUGAUCCAAGCUAGAGAUAUUGUGUUUGAAUGUGGUCCAAGAUGUGGAUGUGGUCCUGAUUGUGGCAGUAGAGUAUCUCAGAAGGGUUUGCAGUACCAGCUUGAGGUUUAUCGUACGUCUGACAAAGGAUGGGCUGUUAGAACUAGGAAUUUUAUUCCUGUUGGAGCUUUAGUUUGUGAACUUGUUGGGGUACUAAAGAGAACUGAAGACUUGGAUAAUGAUUCACACAAUGACUACAUAGUUGAAAUUGAUGGCUGGGAAACUAUAAAAGAGAUAGGUGGACGAAAGAAACGAUUGCCUGACGAGCCAUUGCCUGCAAAAAUUUUCCUUGAAAAUAAGGAUGAUGAGACAACCAAAAAUGAUCCAGAGUUCUGUAUAGAUUGUAGUUCUUUUGGUAAUGUGGCUAGGUUCAUCAACCAUAGUUGUGAUCCUAACCUAUUUGUUCAAUGUGUUUUGAACUCCCAUUAUGGGAUCAAACAAGCUCGAAUUGUACUAUUUGCUGGAAGAAACAUACGUCCUAAACAGGAACUUACUUAUGACUAUGGUUACCGACUUGAUAGUGUUGCUGAUGUCGAUGGAAAAAUCAAGCAAUUGCCAUGUUACUGUGGUGAAGCUACUUGUCGCAAGCGUUUAUACUAGUUUGGUAACACAGGCAGUGCACAUUUGUCUGAUUUUAGAGUGGAGUUAUUACACAACAUUGUGUUUAAAAAUGAAGAUCCAAAAUUUGGACGUGUAUGAGUUGAUUAAAUAUGAAUCUUUGGUUUGUUUGUCUAAUAAGAUGAAGAAUGUUUUUCCUUUUCUUUUUUUGAAUGGUCGAUGAAUCUCAUGAAAGACUUUAAGGGUUGAAUGUUAUUUGGCAGGGUUACUAUGUUUUUCUAAAAGGAUUGGGGUCCCCUUAAUUAUUAUCCCUC